GAAACGCGGCUUUGUUCAGCGGGACGCGCUUGCAUGCACUGUGCACACUCAUUUUACAUUUUGUGCCAUUGCAAUGUAAAGAGGCGGUAACAUUUAUAAGAAUAAUUCUAAAAGCUCUCAGCGAUAUUAUUCUUUCAUUUCACAUAUUAUGGGUAGAUUGUGCACAGAGUAAAGGUUAUUAAGAAGUGAGGAGCACUGCGGAUGGUUGGCAUAGAAGAGGCGAUGCAAAGACCGCUGGGGAUGCGGGCGACACGCGCGGAGUCUGUGUCUGAACGGAUCAGCGACAGUGCUGAAAACAGGAUCCUAUCGCAUACAUGAUUCUUUGGGAUAUAUAAAGUACUGCCGAGGUUCUAAUACUAAUCCUAAAUCCAGACCACCUUCCUUUUUUGCGACAGACAUUAAACAUGAAGUAUUCGUCCCUAUAACGGUGAUGAUCAGUGUCCUUUCCUUUGGCGGUUCCACAGCACAGAUUCAGUUGAUGAAAUGAAAGGAUCUGCUUUAAAUUCCAACGGCAUAUUAAGAAUGAUUUCAAAAUUCCCCAGAAACAAGUUGCCCAUGGGGGCAGCUCUAGGCAUAGCAGUGCUAUAUUGGCUCUACAUUUUUACACUGUACAGGAUUCCCAGCGACAAGGAGAUCGUGAAUGAAGUCUUGCGACAGGGAAACGUAUGGAAGAAAAAUCUUACGGCAGCCUUGAUGUUCAGGAAGCAGUUAGAGGAGUGCUGUGACCCCAAGAACCUCUUUGCUGUGACCAAACAAAACACCCCACUGGGCUCCACCCUUUGGUAUGAUGGCGAGUUCUUUCAUUCUCUCUCAGUCAACAAUGACACCUACUCCCUCUUCAUAAAGGAGACCCCGCUGCAGCAGGCCUUAAAGAAGUGUGCAGUGGUUGGCAAUGGUGGGAUCCUGAAGAACAGCGGUUGUGGAAAGCACAUCGAUAAGGCUGAUUUCAUCAUGCGGUGUAACCUACCACCCUUGUCCAAGGAAUACAUUCAAGAUGUGGGAACCAAGACACAGUUGGUGACAGCCAACCCAAGCAUUAUUGAAAAAAGAUUUCGGAACCUUCUUUGGUCCCGGAAGGCUUUUGCAGAAAGUGUUAAAAUCUACGGGUCAAGCUACAUCUACAUGCCUGCAUUUUCAAUGAAGCCUGGCACUGAUCCCUCCAUUCGUGCAUUUCACACGCUGUCUGACAUUAAUGCCAACCAAACCGUCCUGUUUGCCAAUCCAGAGUUCCUUUGGAAUGUUGGAAAGUUCUGGAAAGCAAGAGGAAUCCAUGCAAAGCGACUGUCUACUGGUUUGUUUUUAGUUAGUCUGGCCUUGGGGUUAUGUGAAGAUGUGACACUUUAUGGCUUCUGGCCUUUCUCAGUGGAUCUUAAUGAACAAUCCAUAAGUCAUCAUUAUUAUGACAACGUUCUGCCUUAUUCUGGUUUCCAUGCCAUGCCAGAAGAGUUUUUACAGCUUUGGCUCCUCCAUAAAAGUGGCACUUUAAGAAUGCAUGUUGGGCCCUGUCCCGACGAGGUUUAAUAACCAUCUUUUUACGGAACAAUGAAAAUUGUCUAUCCUGUGCAUUUUUGCCAAACCAGCCACUAGAAUGUGCAAGGAAUAUUCCAUCCAUUUUAUUUAAAUUAUUUUUGUUUACAUUAGAAAUUGGGAUUACAUUCUGAAGUUAAUCUGUUUACACUAGAACGACCAAGGAAGUUUUUUGUUUUAUCAGAAUUUGUGUUUAUUUUCUUAUUGUGUCUGAAAUGAAUAGGAUUUCUUUGCUUGUUUUUAAAUUAUAUUUGUAAAAGGCGCUAAGAGCUGCAAAACAAGUUUCAAUCAAUCAAGAGUUAACGCAGUCCCCUUUAUUCUAUCUAAAAGCCAUUAAGAAAGCAACAACAACUGGCUUCAAAAACAAGCCAAAGUUGUAAUUCACGGUAAAUCAGUCAGUUCAAAGCCGCCAUUGUGCUGACUGCCACCUUUCUAUGACUACAGUGAUAAAAGUGUUUUUUUUGGUAUUUUACCUCUUUUUUCAUUUUUUUAAGCUCUGUUUUCACUUUUUAUUUCAAGUUUGUCUUUAGCAGAUUGGAGAACUAAGCAUUUACAUACGUGUAAAGUAGUAUCUGAUGGUGUUGAAAAGCAUCACUUUGUAGAGAGGAGCUAAUGGGAUUGUCCACCUGAGGACAAAUAACAGAAGACAUACUGUGCUGUUUCAGAGCUCACAACAUAUCAGAAGAACAAAAUGGUAGGCAUUAAAUCAGGUUAGAAAACAAAACUGACUCAGUGAGAACUGGUCAAACCAUAAUCUCAAUGUAAAAUAUAUUGUUCAUAUUAUUAUUUGGCAGAUGAUUUAGUACAAAAUCAGGGUAUGUCACAGAUUUGCAAAUACUGUAUUAUAAGUGGACUUGUUCAGGACCACACAAUGAGGCAGGGACUGAACCAGCAUUCUUGUGACUUAAAGUCCAGUUGAAAAAGCCUCCUGAAAAUCAUAUUUUGCUUCAUCAGUCCACAUGAGUAUCACAUUAUCCUACCAAUCUCUUGGUGGGGCUGGAACACAUCACCUUACCGCGGACCUAAAAAGUCCACUGCUCUGUCCAUUAGGACCCAACGUUAAAAACCAGACACUUGCACCCUUAAGGCCUAAUGAGCAGGAGCACUGCAUGAUCAUAUGGUGAAAAUGAUAUUCAUCAAGUAAUCAGAAAGUAAAUGAGUUGACACUAGUGGGGGCCUGACGGGUCUGAGGAGACCACUAAAUGUUCACCAGGCAACAUAUGGGAUGACACAGCGACAGCCUCAAGUUCAGCUCAAAUGGAGACGUCCACACCAGCUGCUUUUUGCCAGUCGCUUUCUUUCAGUUUCUUUUCUGCUUGAAGGAAAUUCAGUUUUCCUUAACCAGCAUGUGGCAGGUAUAACAAAUUCGAAUCUGUCAUGGAUGGUGGAAGAUGCAUUUGCAUUUUAAGUAACGUGUUUCUGAUAUCGGCAGAUAAUGUAUACAAGAACUAUUGUGAAAAACGAGCAGUUUUGUUCAAUUCAAGUUUCCUGGCAUGAAUCUUGAUUUUAUAUGCAGCGAUUCACAGAAUUCUCCAUCACACAGCAUUGAACAGAACAAAUAAAAUUGUUGUCUCUCUCACUCUCUACCAGUUUAAUGGCCAUUUUGUGGGCCCCCCAAGAACUUCAGGGGUUAUUGGAUUUAGAGUUUCUUUGAUCAACUUCCCUUAGUCGCCUUUAACAACAUGCCGGUGACCUUAUUCUAACUCCAGGUUCAAGGGGUAGCAAAUAAGAUUACUGUAGACUAUUAAAUUAAAAAGAAAAACUUUAGUGCAUAUAAAAUGAAAUAAAUAUUUAAUUUAGCAUUUUUAUUGUUGCUGUUUUACAUUUUCAAUGAUUUUUUAAAAAGAAGAAUUACAGAACCUCUCCCACAUCUGCACUAGGUAUUUAUUUAUUUUCCAUUGAGUUUUUUUAUUUUUUAUUUAAUAUACUUUCUGGCCAGUUUGUAGCUUGUUCGAUAUACUAUUCUUUAAGCACUGAAUACCUUUAACCUGUUCUUUUAUAGCUGUCUUUUCAUUAACAUGGCUAAUAUAACUGUCCAUUAUAUGGAAUACCCACUUAAGUGUAUGUUAUAGUUAUUUUUCUUUUUUAUUUAUUUAUUGUUAUGUAUUUAACACUGUAUUCUAUUUGACUCUACCUAUUUAUAAUAGGUACACAAAAACAUUGGUCGUUCUAGUGUAUUCUGAACUGUGAAUGCUUUAUAAAUUAGUGUUAAGCAGAUUCAGCUAUUUCAGUCUGGAUAUUUCUGAGAAGGGCUUUGGAAUUGCACCAUCUGCAUUAAUUGCUCUGCAAACAUGCCAAAAAAGGUUGUUUUUUUUAAUUCCAGAAAAUUCUUUUUGUCUUUUAGAAGGCUGCUGUCCAUUACUGUUUUCAUCGUAUAUAUAAAUGUGCAAAAGGACUGGUAAAUUGUUGAUUACUUUUUGUUGCAUUCCCAUCGCCACACAGACCUGUUUUAUAACAUGCAUUUUAUUCCAGUUUUAAAUAAUGUGAAAAAUAAAGCUAUUUUUUUUUGUUUUGAGACAUGUAAAGUGUGCAUUUUGGCAGACAUUUUACAAUAACUGAAUUAUUUAGUGAGCUAAACUAGUUUAGGGUACUUUCAUUUGGACAGUGACUUUAGACUGUUUCUUUAUUGUUCUAUACUGUAGAUUAUAUGGAAUGUUGUGAAGAAACGUUGCCCAUUUGUUUUCAUUUUUUGGAGCAUUGCACUAUGUUUUAAUUCUGUUUUAUGAGAUGUUGUUUUUUAUUUUCAGAUUUUUUUUUUGUUGAUUAUAUAUUAAUGUGAGGCUGUUAUGUAUGUGUAAUGUGUCGGCUCAACAGUAAAAGCAUUAUACAUGAUUCAAGCAGCAUGUCUUAUGCCAUGCUUCUAUAAAAUGAAGUUUUAACAGAUGCAGGCCAUCUGAGGUUAAUUUGAAAUAAAGCAUUAUAAUAAUUCAAAAGACUUAAGGCAAAAAAAAACAACUUAACAGAAAGCCAUAGUUUUAUUAUUUUUUUGCUUUUUCAAAUUCAUAAUUUUAUCAUAUUUUCUGAUUUUUCAACAUUUUAAUCCAGCCAAUGUUUGUCUCUGAGGGGGUCAUUCCUUUAAUAGUAGCACGCUGGGAACUGUCUAGAUGUUUCGGACAUUUCCACGUGUUUUGAGGUUUCAACGUUUUGAUAAAGAAAUGUUGGAGUUUGCCUUUUAGGCACUUAAAUUUUUGUUGAAGCAUGGUAGUAGCUCUGAUAAAAUGUAAGAAGUGUGAACUAUUAGACACUGGGGAUAUCUGAGCUAAGCCAUGCUUUUUACAUUUCAGAGUAAACCAUAGUAGCUCAGUGACAAAAAAAAAUGUCAUACAUGUGCAAAAAUUAGUUUUACGCAGUAUUAAUGUACAAAAAAAUAAUAGAUGUAGGUUGUGCGUUUUAGCAGAGCUGUGUUUAUCUCUUCCUCAAGGGCAUUAAAGAAUGUAAAAAAAGAGUCAUCUGGCAGCCAUGAAUUCUCUUGGCCAACAUUAUCUGUCUAUUAUGAAAAUCUCAAGGAAUUCGGUGGUUUACUUAGUUUUUAGGAAGACUGAUGGUUGUCUACAAAUGUUGUGAUGAAAUUUAGAAACGGUCAGUGCCCAAGCAGAGCCUCUGGUUCGUCAUCCUUCACAUGGUGCUUCCAGGAUCACUCCAUUGAGCUGUGGACUGCUUCUUUAGUGUUUUCCUUUUACGCAGAGUAAUACUGAAGUAUCAUGAAGGUCACAGUAGUUUUUGAGCCAAUGACUAGAUUUUCAUCUACGAGAACAUUGUGUUCUGUUUCCUCUUUAAAAAAACGGUACCUUUGUGAACCAAGGCAUACAAGGGGUAAAGGAGUGAUUUACUUGAGAUGCACUGCUUUACUUUAUUAAAAAUAAUUAAAGCUAUGUCAGGCUAAACCAGAAGUACUUUGACUACCUCAUGAGUAUAGCAGGAUACAUCAAAAGAAACUCCA